AUCAGGAAGUUGCGCAGUGAGCUGACGGCAAAGGAGAAUGAAGAAAAAAGGGAGAAAAGACAAGGUUCAAAAGCUGGAGUUGGAGAUUGGGAAACUGAAAGUCGAAGUGGAAAAGUUCCAACAACAAACAUACGGUGAACGUGAGGACAUACAACACACCGAGAAGAAGAAAUGUGAGCUGAAGAAAGAGGUCAAACACCACAACGACGAAAUAGCAAGGUUGGACAACGAUAUACAAGGGCUAAAAGAAAAGAUUCUGAAUGCUGAAAAAGAACUUGGAGUGCUCAAAUUAACAACGAAAGACACAGCCAAUGCCAUCCCGGACCUAGAAAAAAAGGUGCGGGACCUGGUGCAGGAUAUGGAACAAUAUGUCACUGAUGUAAAAGCUGAAAAGGAGAGCAUUGCAGUGCUGCACAGACUGAUGCAGAAUAUUGAAGACGAACAACCAAAACAAAACUCCAUUUUCAAGAUGACCGGAGAGAAAGAGAAGAAUUACAGAGACAGAUACAAAACCUACACAAGGUGAUCGAGGAAAAGGACAAGGUGAUCGAAGAAAAGGACAAGGUGAUCGAGGAAAAGGACAAGGAUAUCAGACAACUCAAAGAUGCAAGGGCAGCGGCGGAGAAAAAGGUACAGGAACCUCGGGAUGCAGUGCAGGAGAAAAAACACCCAGUACAAACACGGAAGGG